UAAUAAAUAAAUGGGCCAAUUAUGUAUUGAAAAACCAAAACAAAAACACUCAGAGGAUAAUUUACAUGAACUUAAUCCAUAAACUUAAAAAUAACCAUAAACAUAAGAAUCAUCACUUUAAAAUCCAAAUUUGACAGAAUAAGAGGUAAAGGAUAAAACUCAAGUAAAAUUACUCGAUUCUGUAAACACUCAUUAAAAUUUAUCUAUUCAUGAUGUUUAUAAAAUAUUAUCUCCUCCAUUAGGAAGUGGUAAAUCUAAUUAUAAUUUCAGGAUCUUAUGCUGAAGUGCGCAAAGGUUUACACAAAGUUUUAGGAAUUACACGAGCAAUAAAAAUCAUAUCUAAAUCAGAAGCCACAAAUGAAGAGAUUUCAAGAGUUUUACAUGAAGCAGAAAUACUUAAAUAGCUAGUAAUAAAUAUUUGAAUUAGGAUCAUCCAAAUAUAGUAAAAAUUUUAGAGAUCUACUAAAAUUCUGAAUAAAUUUUUAUAGUAACAGAGUUAUGUACAGGAGGAGAGCUAUUCGAUGCCAUAGUGGAAUCUUAACAUUUUUCAGAAAAGGAUGCAGCUAAAAUAAUAAAAUAGGUAUUACAAGGAUUAAAUUACUGUCAUUAANAAUAGUUGCUGAUCUAGAAGCACCUUAAAAGCAGUGAACCAACACAUUUGUGCUUUGAAGAUUUUAUUCUAUAAAUUAAAAGCAUUCUUUGA